AUGACAUCCCAUGAUAAUUCCGUAAUCAUUCCGGAAACUGAUAAUUUAGAGAGCAGUUCACUAGAACUUGCUUCGGGUGCUGAAAUCGGAGAGCACGAAUCAGUGCAGCAGCAUCAAGAUGCUGAUACUUCGGGGAUAAGUUAUACUACGGUUCCAGUGGAAGUACUAGAGGUAGCCGGUAUCGAUAUUGAGAAUUCAUGUGAAUUAACUGAAGAACAAAUAAAUACAAUCAUGUCACUGAUUGAACCAAGUGGUGCAACUCAGCAGCAUGAUUUGAAGCAAGAGCAGGCUGAUAUACCGCAGUCAUCUUAUGCUAAUAAUAUACCCAGUUCUUCAUCCGAAACGGGAGAUCGUUUAACUCUAUACAUUCUGGAUGAUGGCUCACUGAAACUUACGGAUGCCGCACUUCAAAAGGAAUUUUUCUUCACACCAAGGGACUUAGCGUUGCACAAUAUUGAUGUUGAUAAUUUAACUGAUGAAACUUUGCAAAGGAUCAUUCUGAUGGCAAUGGAAUCAAGCGAAGUGGUGCUAAUGAAAAGGCGAAAAAUAGAGGAUAUUGAUUGUGUGGAAUUUACAGGAUCAAGUUUUUUAGCCAACACUUCGAUGGAACCACCAACAUGUGCUUCUUCAAAAAGGGCGGUCGUCGCUGAUGAGCACCAUAUCGAAUCGCAGCUAUCGUUAAUAGGCACUGAAGUUGAAAUUAAGCGAGAUGGCAAAGUAUAUUCCGCUACAAUUAAAUACUGCAGACAGAGUGGAGGAUAUAAAGUGCAAUUCAGUGAUGGUCAUUAUGAAUGGGUUAGUGAAGAUGAAAUACGAUUGCUUCAUGAGGAAAAUCCUGCGAAACAUAAGGACCAUGAAUCCUACAGUGAAAGGACAGGAACUGUAUCUUUCGGUGAUACAAUAUCAAAAAAUAUCAAUGGCCGGAGAUACAUUUCCCAGAUUCCAGGUAUCAGAGUCACUCCAACAAAUGGUUGCCAUAAGCAAGAAGAGCCGAAUUUUUGCUGUGUUGUAUGCGACCAGAAGGAGCCGCAGUAUAUUGUAAUACGGAUUCCUGCUUGCGACAGAUGUGCUGAGCAAAAGAUGAUUUUGCUAGAUGGUACUACAAAAUAUUCCGAGGCACAAACGUAUGCCGACAUUCGGAAAAAUGAUUCUCGUAUUGCUACCGCUUCAAAGGAUGAACAGGGGAGAAGCUAG